AUGGCUUCACAAGUUUGUGAAAGUUUGGCUUAUGAUAUAGAAAUCAAGGGUGAUAAUCUUCUCAUGUCACUAAUGGAAGAGUUACCUUGUGAUGAAAAUGAUGAUGAAAGAUUAGAUAGCUUGAUAAGAUCUUUUGAAGCUGAAAUUAGUGAAACCAAGAUGGGUGAUAAUGAUUAUUCAACAAGCAUAGAGUUACAAAUGAAGAGCAAUUUUGAAGAAAAUUACAAUGAAUCAUGGAACAUAGGACAAGUGGAUGAGGGACAUGACUUAGGGGUUGAAUGGGUUGAUAUGGAUUUGAUACCAUCCUUCCAAUUUGAUGAUGGGAGUUGGGAGUCUUGUGGAGAUGAGAUGAGUGUGAUGGUUGACCAUUUAAUGGUUUGUGAUGAUGGGUUUGAUAUGGAAGAACAUGCUUACAAUUCCUUUUGCCAAGAUAACUAUGAGAUGAAUUUGGUGCAUUAA